AUGGAGUGGCAAGGAGGUGAGCCCAUACACUUCCUACACACUAAUCUUGACCAGCUUAUGCAGCAACACUCCUGCAGCCACAUCCUCAUCGUUGGCGACCUAAAUCAACACUUGGUUGCUAGAGUGUUUGACGAUCUCCUCACUGUACAUGGCCUUACAAACCAUGUCACCUUUCCCACCCACAACUCUGGCUCUUCCCUGGAUCCUGUUAUUAGUGAUCUGCCAGAGGAUAUUGUCACCUGUCGUCCCCUUGGUGCCGUGGGAUCCUCAGACCACCUGGCUGUCCUCAGCACGAUUCAAGUCGCCACACUGAGGGACGCCCCUAUGAUGCGUACUAACUGGCUCUGGGGCAAAGCCGAUUGGGAGGGACUUCAGGAAGCCCUCUGUUGCACUCCCUGGCAUACCAUCCUCACAGGUGACGUGGACGAACAGGUCAGCACUUUCACAAGUACUGUUCUUUCCCUUCAGAACACUUACGUCCCUAACCAUACCUUCAAGGUCAAGCCUCGUGACCAGCCUUGGUUUGGGUACGAGUGUAGGAUGGCUGCCGACGCUAAGAGCAGGGCAUGGAGACGCUUUAAAGAACAUCCAACCUAUAUAAACAAGCUGCUCCACAAAGAAGAGUGUGCCAACAUGCGAAGUGUGCAGCGUUUGGCUCAACAACGAUGGCAGGACGACUUGAAGUCACGACUCUCUGGCCGCUCUGUGGGAAGCAAGGCUUGGUGGACUGCCCUCAAGGACCAACAAGGCCUCGCUCCUGAAGACCAAAUUCCUCCAUUAGACAGGGCGGACGGCUCGGUAGCCACCAGAAGCAACGACAAGGCAGAGGUAUUGGCAGCAUACUUCUCAGGGAAGAUGACUGUCCCUGACCCUGAACGUCACCCACCUGCCAUGGCUCAACUCAACACCGCCUCUCUCCAAUUCAUCACUAUUACCACUGAGGAUGUCAAGCAACAAUUGCUCAAGGUCGACACCAAGAAGGCCCUUGGACCAGAUGGGAUAUCUCCACACAUCCUCAACCACUGCGCAGCCCAGCUUGCAGGCCCCAUCACCACCAUUUUUUAG